AUGGCGUCGAACAUUAGCCUUCACACCUACUCAAGGACGGGCGUUUCUCUGGGUAAAACAUCGGAAAAUGGGGAGUUUGAAUUCACCAAUCACUGGGUUGAACACUCAUCUUUUCUACUGAAGCGUUUUGAAAAUGAAGCAAUUGAUGAAUUACAUUUCUUCGUCAUUCUGAAGCGGAGAAGAGCCUUCUAUUGGCUAUGUCUGGUGUCACCACUGCUGGUAUUCCCCUUGCUGAGUCCUCUAAGUUUCCUGGUUCCUGCAGACAGUGGGGAGAAGACGGCCCUGGCCAUCACAUCCCUACUGUCAAUCUUUGUCUUCAUGUCGUCCAUCUAUGAAACGCUGCCUAAGCUUUCUAACACUAUCUCCCUUUUCGUGGUCCUGGCAUCUGUUCAGACUUUCCUCAGCUUCCUGACUGUGAUAUGCAAAGUCACCAUACUCUGUAUCAAUCGACUCCCAUCGAACUACACAAUCCCAAUGUGUCUGAAGAAAGUAUUCAUAAUGGAGGCACCGACGGCAAAGAUCCUCAUAGCAAAGAAGGGCAGCAUGUUGAAUGCUAACCUCGAUGGAGAGACUGUUCACGCCCCUACUGGUUGGCAGGAUCACCUCAUUUUCCCGUAUGAAAUAGAGUCAUUGCAUAAGGUUGAUCGGAGACCAACGAUGUACCGUGCUUUGGUGGUAACGAUCCUGAUACUGUGUUUCAGUGAUACAGACGAGUUUCUAGUGUGGAACCAAACUGAUUAUGGAGGAAUACGCUAUAUUACCGUCCCUGAAAACAAGAUAUGGAAACCAGACUAUGUCAUUGACAACGAUGUCAGUGCCAAAAAGGGAAUCGGAGAUGAAAGAAAGUUGGUAAUCAUCGAUUCCAGAGGACAGAUACUCUGGGAACCUGGUUAUAUUGCUACAACUACAUGUAACGUGGACAUCAAAUACUUCCCCUUUGACACACAGAUCUGUUCUGUGAAGUUAACACCAUGGAUGACGUCGAACAUUAGCAUCCACAGCUACUCAAAGACGGGUGUGUCUUUGGGUGAUACUUCGGAAAAUGGGGAGUUUGAAAUAAUCAAUCAUUGGGUUGAACAUUCACCCUUUCCAAUGACUGGUUUUGAAAAUGAAGCACUUGAUGAAUUACAUUUCUUCGUCGUCCUGAAGCGGAGAACAACCUUCUACUGGCUGUGUCUGGUGUCACCACUGCUGGUGUUCCCCUUGCUGAGUCCUCUGAGUUUCCUGGUUCCUGCAGGCAGUGGGGAGAAGACGACCCUGGCCAUCACGUCUCUACUGUCAAUCUUUGUGUUCAUGUCGUCCAUCUAUGAAACGCUGCCUAAGCUUUCUAACACUAUCUCCCUUUUCGUGCUCCUGGCAUCUGUUCAGACUUUCAUCAGCUUCUUGACUGUGACGUGCAACGUCAUCAUACUGUGUAUCCAUCGACUCCCAUCAAACUACAAAAUCCCAAUGUGUUUGAAGAGAGCAUUCAAGAGGAAUUCACAAACGGCAAAGGCCUUUGUUGCAAAUGAUGGCAGUAUGUUGAGUGCAAACCUCGAUGAAGAGAAUGUUCACGCCUCUGGUGACAAUGCAACUUGGGAAAUGGUUGCAGGAUUCAUCAACACAAUAUGUUUUAUAGUUUCCUUCGUCUCGACUACUGUCGUAACCAUUGUGAUCGGAGCCAUGCUCUUCUCUUGA